ACUAAUCAUUGCCUUUCUCUCAGUUUGCUUCUUCGGCGAUUUUAGGUCUUCACUUGCCGCAUCCACCAAAGAGGAAAAAUGCCGGCGGGACAUGGAGUUCGUGCGAGGACGAGGGAUCUGUUCGCGAGGGGAUUCAGGAAGAAGGGUACAAUCCCACUCUCGACAUACCUCAGGACAUUCAAGGUGGGAGAUUACGUGGAUGUGAAAGUGAACGGUGCGAUACACAAGGGUAUGCCUCACAAGUUCUACCAUGGUCGUACCGGUCGUGUCUGGAACGUCACCAAACGCGCCGUCGGUGUCGAACUCAACAAACAGAUUGGAAACAGGAUCAUAAAGAAGAGGCUUCAUGUGCGUGUGGAGCAUGUGCAGCAGUCAAGGUGUGCUGAGGAGUUCAAGCUGAGGAAGAAGAAGAAUGAUGAGCUUAAGACCGCAGCUAAAGCCAGAGGCGAGACUAUAAGCACCAAGAGACAGCCUAAAGGACCCAAACCAGGAUUCAUGGUUGAGGGUAUGACCUUGGAGACUGUCACUCCUAUCCCCUACGACGUCGUCAACGAUCUCAAGGGAGGCUAUUAGUUCUUCCUUUCUUCCUCCAGUGGUUUUGCUCAGAUUGUUUUUGGCAGUUUUC